CAGAGGAGAAAGCACCCCUGGAGGCAGCGCUGGCUGUCUGUGGCUGGCCCGGCGAGCGCUUUCGUUUUCUUCCUGAGUUUAAGUCCCUGUGGAUGGCACCCCAGAGCCUCCUGGAGUUCCCGCCCUCCAACCAGAGCCAGCCGGCGCAUCCCAAUGCCACGUCCUGCGAUGGAGCUCGGGAAGCCUGGGACGUGCUGCACGGCGUGUUGCCGACGUUCAUCGUGGCCGUCUGCCUCUGCGGCCUGCUGGGAAACCUUUUGGUGCUGUCCGUCUUCCUCCUGCCCCGGCGGCAGCGGCGUCUGAACGCGGCAGAGAUCUACCUGGCCAACCUGGCGGCGUCGGACCUGGUGUUUGUCUUGGGCUUGCCCUUCUGGGCCGAGAACGUCUGGAACCAGUUCCACUGGCCCUUCGGGGCCGUGCUCUGCCGCGCCGUCAACGGUGUGAUCAAGGCCAAUCUGUUCAUCAGCAUCUUCCUGGUGGUGGCCAUCAGCCAGGACCGCUACCGCGUGCUGGUGCACCCCCUGGCCAGCCGGAGGCGGCGGCGGCGGCGGCUGGCCCGGGUCACUUGCAUGCUCAUCUGGGUCUUGGGGGGUCUCCUGAGCGUCCCCACGUUCCUGCUCCGCUCCGUCGAAGUCGUCCCGGAGCUGAACAUCUCGGCCUGUGUGCUGCUGCUCCCCCACGAGGGCUGGCACUUCGUGAGGAUGGUGGAGCUCAACGUGCUGGGGUUCCUCCUGCCGCUGGCCGCCAUCGUCUUCUUCAACUGCCACAUCCUGGCCUCCCUGCGAGGGCGGGCGGAGGUCCGGAGGGUGAGCGGCGCGGGCCCCGCGGACGGCAGGACCACGGCCCUCAUCCUGGCGCUCGUGGCCGCCUUCCUGGUCUGCUGGACCCCUUACCACUUCUUCGCCUUCCUGGAGUUUCUCUUCCAGACGCGGGCCAUCCAGGGCUGCUUCUGGGACCACCUCACCGACCUGGGCCUGCAGUGGUCCAACUUCUUCGCGUUCACCAACAGCUGCCUGAACCCGGUGAUCUACGCCUUUGUGGGUCAGCUUUUCAGGACCAAGGCGUGGGAACUCUACAAACAGUGCAGCCCGAGGCGCCUCCCGGCCGCGUCCUCGUCACCCAGGAAAGAAAUCUUCCAGCGUUUCUGGAGGAAUUGAAACAGCCAAGGUGAGCCGAGAGGCUUGGCUUCCGGAUAGACUACUUCUGACGUCAUAAACACUACUGUAGUGGGCGGACACGGGCCCCCGAGAUAACCAGGACCUGUAUGUAGGUCCUGGACGCUGUGAAUGUUUUAACGGUAGCAGGGACUUUGCAGACGCAACUAAACUAAGGCUCUCAGAUGGGGAGAUGGUCCUGGAUUAUUGGGGUGGCCCGAUGCCAUCGCAAAGGCCCUUAUAAAAGGGAAGCAGAUCUGUCCGAGUCAGGGAAGGCGAUGUCACAACAGAGGCAAGAGGUUGGGGUAACUCAUAAAGGGGCCCAGAGCCAGGGACUUACGGCACCCUCUGGAGGCAGGACGAGGCAAGGGAACGGAUGCCCCCUGGGGCCCCUAGAAGGACCCAGCCCUGCUGACAUCCCAGCAUGCCAGCCC